AUGCAGUACAGGUCGAUUUCGGUGAUGGCCGCUGCCGCCUUCUUCGUGAACGUGAGCGGACUGCCUAUUGCGCAGCCGGAGGUGCAAGGCACUGUCAGCACAGGUCCACCAACCUUCGAACUUGGACCGCCCUCUACCGUCAUUACUUGGGGCAAGGACAGGCGUGAUGCCAAUGCUCCUACUCCGACCGACUCUUUUUGGCUCGGCAAGCCCACUACCAUUGUAACCUGGGGAAAAGAAAAGCGUGACACGACCCCUCCUACGUUCGGACUAGGACCGCCGGACUCCAUCAUCGGAUGGUCGAAGGAGAAGAGGGACUCGACGAAGCCUGAUGACACGAUCAUACUCACUCCUCCUUCGACAGUAGUGACAUGGGGCAAGGAGAAGAGGGAUUCGACGAAGCCUGAUGACACGAUCAUACUCACCCCUCCUUCGACAGUAGUGACAUGGGGCAAGGAGAAGAGGGACUCGACGAAGCCUGAUGACACAAUUGGACUCGGCCCCCCUUCGACGGUGGUUACAUGGGGCAAGGAGAAGCGCGAUACGACCCCUCCUACGUUCGGACUGGGUCCCCCGGAUUCCACAAUCGGAUGGGGAAAGCAGUAG